CCAAAAGAAGGGAAAAAUAUCCAAUUUUCAUCGCAAAAUUAGCUAGGGCGAGAGCAAAGGGCUGAGCUAAUUGUAGCCUAAUCCUCUGCCCUGCAGGCGUUUGCAAAGCCCUGAGCAAGAAUUCGCUUUUUUUCCUCCUCUUCUCCCUUCCCUCUGUUAUUUAGAGACGGGAUUAUUGCCUUUCUUCUCAUAACAGCCUCGGCAGUUUCAUUUAAAGGCUUUUUCCCCCCUCACAGACACACACACACACACAAAAUAAAUAAAUUUCAAAAAGGCAGCAAAAUCGGGAGAGGAGAGAGAAGCUUUAAAAAUAAUAAUAAUAAUCACAGCAGGAUCUGCGGAGCAAAGAUAGUCAUAAAAGCCCAAAGCUGAGCCCCUCCGCACACAGCCCCAGCAGCGCCCGGAGCCAGAGGGGGGCUCGCAGAUCGCUUCUGUGCUCAAGGAGGGAAGAAGCAUGUCCCGUCUGUCUCUAACACGCUCCCCGGUUUCUCCUCUGGCUGCCCAAGGAAUUCCUCUCCCAGCUCAGCUCACCAAGUCGAACGCUCCAGUGCACAUCGAUGUAGGAGGGCACAUGUACACCAGCAGCCUGGCUACCCUGACCAAGUACCCAGACUCCAGAAUAAGUCGUCUGUUUAAUGGCACAGAGCCCAUUGUCUUGGACAGUUUAAAACAACAUUAUUUCAUUGAUCGAGAUGGGGAAAUUUUCAGAUAUAUAUUAAGCUUCCUGAGGACAUCUAAGCUCCUGCUCCCAGAUGACUUUAAGGACUUUAACCUUUUAUAUGAAGAAGCAAAGUAUUACCAGCUGCAGCCAAUGAUCAAGGAACUGGAGCGGUGGAAACAAGAGAAAGAACAAAGGAAGCAUUUCCAGCCUUGCGACUGCUUGGUCGUAAGAGUGACUCCAGAUCUAGGGGAGAGGAUUGCACUGAGCGGGGAGAAGGCUCUCAUAGAAGAGAUCUUCCCAGAGACUGGGGACGUGAUGUGCAACUCCGUGAACGCCGGCUGGAACCAGGACCCUACCCACGUCAUUAGGUUUCCUCUGAACGGCUACUGCCGCUUGAACUCGGUGCAGGUGCUCGAGAGGUUGUUCCAGAAGGGCUUCAGCGUGGCAGCCUCGUGUGGCGGCGGGGUGGACUCGUCGCAGUUCAGCGAGUACGUGCUGUGCCGCGAGGACCGGCGGCCACAGCCCACCCCCACCAUCAGGAUAAAGCAGGAGCCCCUGGACUAGGCCCCAGCCCCACGCCUUUGUAUACCCCUGUUAGUGUUUGAUAGCCCCCGAUGUGGAACACUAAGGACUGCAAAACAGUGUUAGCAAAGACUCUGACUCGAGGCUGCCCAUUAGCGGUACUCUGAAACUACCUGUCACAGCCAGCCCAGGCGCCCGCCCUGGCACCGCUGCCCGCUCUGCACCCAGACUCUCCCGAGGCUUGCUGGGCACCUCCUCUGCACUGAACAGCUCUGUGGGUGGGAAAGGCAAAGCUGCACCAGCCUCUGGCCCCGACCCGGGCUGCUGCAGAAGGACCAGCCGAAGCAAUCGGGAUGGAGGAGCCAGAGCAAGAGGCGCAGCAGCCCCUCCAGCCGCGCCCCACUGCUGUGCUGCGUGGGAGCAAAGCCUCCAGGAGCAAGGUGGUACCCCAGAACUUCACUGUCUGCCCUGACUGCCACAGCCCCACCAUAUCCGACCUGCUUUAUGCCCACACUCUUCACUCCACUUCUGAUUGUACUCACUCCUGCUAGCAGAUGGCUUAUUUUUAUACAACAGCAUUCCCACCUCUGUGGACAGACCCCAGAAUCAGCAGGGGACCCAUUUCUAGUCACCUGGUGCUCAGUACAGAAAACCCACACAAACAAAAGCCCCCUCAAAAAUGUGCCAAGGCUGCUGAUGGCAGCGAAAGCAGGGACCUGGAAGCACAAACUGAAAUGCCAUCCACCAUCACCCAGGGGUCACAAAGCUAACCUGGAGCUGCAAGUGUCUUGGAGCCAGUCUUGUUUGACUCAGAAGCUGUUCAGUUUUGCAUCUUCAAAGCAGAGUGGCUCUACCAAGCAAGCACUGCCACCCUUUGCCACUCAUUUGCUGACCAUGUUCUGAGCCCACAUUCUGGAGGGAACGUGAAGAGUUCUGGAUGAGCUCAACUCCUCCUGGGGCUGGAAUUUCUGCAAGGAAAAGUUCAAGCCCCCUCCCGCCAUCGCCCGAUGAGAGCAGGCUGCCACUUGCUCAGAAUGGUUUUCCUCUAUGAUUUUGAGCCCCUCUGUAGCUCCCCUCUUGCUGUGUCAUUCAAUCUUCCUGAAGCCCGCUGGCUGCAGGAGGUUUCUGCUCCUACCACACGUUGGCACCAACUCUGCCCCGCAGGGCUUCCUCACUCAGGAGACAACACUGUGCCUGCAGGUGCAAGGUGACCAAUGGCAUUCUGCUCGAUCCUGUGUAGUGCUGUUGGCUUAGUUGGUCCUCCAGAACUACUUUGCUCGUCAGCCACAGUUUAGUUCCUCCCAAGUUAAUUUAUAGAACACCCCUGUAGAUGCUGAACCUCACCACAACUUUUUGUAGGUGGUUAACUGCGGCCGCACAGAACAAGGGACAGAGUGCAGCGGCCACAGAGCCUUCAGUGCCAAACGACUGCACUCAGGCGAAACAAACAGCGUCGCCUUUCGGACUAACGUUUCCCCACAGCGCUGCGCUCACUGUCCAAGGUGCAGCCCAGGCAGGGGUCUGAGUUUUGGAGAAGGGCUGGAUACCUGUCCGCGGACAAACUGGACCUCUGCAGGGUCUCUCACCUUGUGACCCACCUCUGAACCCUCUCCCGGCAGGCGCAGCCGAGGCGGUUUUGGCAGAGCAGCUGAGCAAAUCUGUCUACUUCAAAAGAGUUGUAAAGUUAUUUUAUUUUGUGGUUUUAUACUUGUACGACGUUCCGAAGUUGCCAGGCCUUGCCGGGUUUGACCGCACGGCAGAGCUCUCACUUUGUAUGUAAGAUAUCUGUAGACUUGUAUAUGACACAUUUAAUAUUGUAAAGAACCGAAGGUCUGACUGUCACCUCUCUGUGUAUGCACAUUUCUUGGACUUCCUGCCACACACAUUUCUGUCCAGCAGAGGCUCACCGCCAGGCCAGCAGGGUGGCACACUCACGGCCUCUCCUCCCGGGGGUUCCAUGGAGCCGAGAACUUCUGGGUGGUUCUCCUCCGGCCUUAGGGUCUGACCAGCUUGAUGUAGCCAUGUCUUACAAAAAGAAGAAAGCAAAGUGUUUAAUUUAUUCCUUCCACACAUCGACCUCACUUCUAAGUAUCCCUGAAUAAUCCACUUAGCUUCUGGGGUCUGCCCUACAGCCAGGCGUGUCUUGCCCUUUGAGGCAGCAGUGCUGGCACUGGCAGCAGCUGGGCUGCCCCGGCCAGGGCAGGAGGGCAAACUCCUCACGUUUACAUUUACACACAGGGCCCAGCUCUGCCACUCGCCCUCAGGCCAGGCCUCCCCUGGGGGUCCCCCCAGGGUCAGCAGGGGCUGCCUGCCAGCGGGGCUGGCCACUGGGCAUCUCCAGCACCUGCCAAAGGCACUGCCUGGCAGCUCUCACAAGCAUGGAAGGGGCUGCUUCUAGGCCUGUGUAGAGCUUUGGUUGUUUUGUUUCCCUGCAGUUUGGUGUUUCUUUUUCUUUUCACUGCUCAGUAAAGCAGCUUCACACUUUGGACAGCUCUUGCUAAUGUUGCAUUGUAAAGAGUGCCAGGCUGUACCAGCCCAGUCAGUGUGAACCUGAGAUGGAAAGUCUGAGGCACAACACCAUGACACUGACUGCAAAGCAGCACUGAAGCAAGGAGGAUGUGGAAACCAUCAUCUGUGAGGGAGAAACAGGCCUUGAAACCAGCUGAACGUUGUGCUAGGACACGGUCUUUGAGUUAGUCACUUUGGGCCACUCAUUUAAAGUUUAUUACAGUUUCAUUUAUAUCUUUUUUACUUAUUUCCCUAUAUUUUUAGGCAGCAAUAUCAGCAAAAACUGAUUUGGAUUUUUACUUCUGGCCUUAAACCAUAGCAACGUAACUUAAUGAAGAGCACUGUCCAGCAUCACUGCAGCAGGUUUAAACAUCAGAGAAACUCCAGGCAGGCUGCAGUGCAGAAGGUUUCUGUUCUGAGGGCUAAAGGUGGUUGCCUCAUUGGAGGCAACGAAGUUGUGCUGCUUGGUGAGCACCAGGCCUGCAGAAUGCGAGGGCUCGGCUGGCAUUUUGUGUCCGACGUUGGCCCGGAGGAGGGGGCAGGGGGAUGCUCUGCUGUGCUUGCAGGACGGAGCGAGCCGCUGCCGAGCGCAUCCGUUCAGCGUGUGAACGGCACCGAGCUUUGCCGACACCUGUAUGGGAGGUCUGUCAGGGGAUAAGAAUCAGCACCACCAAACGUGGCAGCGUCUGGGUUUAGUAUUUCUUUGUGGGUAUUCUGUUCAUAUUUUAAUGCAAAAAAUGUCUCUGAAUUCAAGGCCAGGUGAGGCUCCUGUGUGAUAAAGGACUGCUGUGUGUCACGCUCCGUGUGUUACUUUAGUAAACUGGUUUAUUUCUUUACAAAAUAAGUACAAAGAAGGGAGUUAUGUUUGCACACAAACGGGGGCAUUUACCAGUAUGUACAGAAAUCAUCAAAAUAACGCAGUUCUAGUAAACACAAGGCCUUUAGAAACAGUAUGUACAAAUUAGCGAUACAUCUGAAACGGAAUUUUACACUUCCUGGCCUUAAAUACCUUAUGAAUAAUCUUUUGGCUAAAUAGCAGCAGUAUAAAUUUUCUUCUGCUUUUCAUAAACCUUAAAAAAUAAUUAAAACUUUUUGUUGUUUUUAAAACUA